CAAGUAAUAAUAACCUUACACUCGUGGUUUGAGAAGAAAUGUUCGGAAUCGUUAGUUUAAUUAAAUAUGCGGUAGACUGGACUCUUUCGAUUAUUUGUGGCUUCAUAAAGGGUGUUGUUUAUUUCUGUUUGUUUGUGAUUUCCGUAAUAUUAUUUUGCUUGUCCAUGUCUUUUACGGCGGUAAUGCUGGUAAUCUUAUUUGGCUUUUUCGUGCCGUCAGACAUCGAUGAAAACUCUGACAGCAAUGAAAUUUGAGCACUGAGCUGAUGAAACAAUCCCCCAGACGUCUAGUAACUUUCACGAGGCAGUGCGUCGCUGCGUGGCGGGAAUUAUGAAAGGAUGUUCCGCACGCCGGACUGGUUUUCGCACUCGAUUCUGGAUAAUUUCUUCCCAAGCCUCUUCGAUCACGUGCUCAUCGAGUUCUCCAAGACCUUUCUGCUCUAUCUAACGCAGCAAAUGCUCCGCGGGAUUGUUGAAACAAGUGUCUGCCGAAUACUGAACAACUUGUAAGCUUAUACGCACCGAACGAUGUACACGUUCGAUCGAAGAAAAUUCGGCGAAUCUCGUGACGGCGAUCGUGCGCUACUACUACCUUUUUCGCGCUCGUGGCCGAGAGAUAGCAACAACACUCUAAUGCUUAUCUCGAGGAAUGUUCUACCUGGGCCGUUAUCGGUCGGCCAAUCCCUUGCCAUGCGAUGUCGCUGCCGAGCCCGAGACUUCGACACUACAGGACCAUGACGGCAAUUUGCUUCGUCUGCAACCUGCCGAUCCUGAGCCACCAGGUAGGCUUGGUAUGGCAAGGCGGCAACGGAUGGGACGAGAUCGUCCGGGAGCAACUCGAGGAGUCGACUCUUAAGCAGCGACUGGGUACAGGUCGGAGGGACUCAGCCGCUCAGAUCUCGCCGCCGAACGAGCUACAAGAGCCGUCGCCGAUAAAUCGCGGAGCCGGACGUCGGCGCUCGUCGUUAGCCCAGCUAACGGACCUCUUACGAGAAUGGGGCGGCGGAGGCAGCAGCACCUCGAACAAGACCGGAGGCAGUACGCGCUCGAACAAGCUGAGUCGACGCGAGACUCUGGCCGACAUCGCGGCGCGAUCACUCGCCUGGUCGAGGCAGACGACGACCGACUCGAGUCAUCUGGCCUCGCUGAGAAAGAGACGGGAGAGCUCGGUCGACAGCGGCAUCAGGAGUCAGGUGUCGACCAAGUCGCGCCGGGACUCGGCCAUCAGCGACUUCAAGAACGACCUGGCCAGGUUGUGGGGCAAGAAGGACUCGGUGUCGCAGCCACAGCCGCCGCCGACCGUUAUCUCGCCGACGCCACGAAGAGGUUCGGGCGAGUCGAGGAACUCGCGACGGGGUUCGGGCGAGAGCGCGAGGUCGAGAAGGGAUUCGGUUUACGGGCCAUCGUCGAGCCCGGGCGAGCGGAUCCAUCGUUGCCGACACCACCAGCGCCGCCAGUCGCAGCAGUCGGUCGAUCUCGGCAACCACCAGCAACAGCAGAGCAACACCGGCAGCGCCGCCUCCAAGUACUACAGGAACGACCAGCGGCCGAGCGCUUCUAGUACCGACAGCGCUGCCAGCAAUGCCGUUAGGGAGCACCUGGAGGCGAACAAGAAUCAUAACGGAAGAUCGCGGAGCUUCGAGUCGAACACGACGACGACGACGACGACGACGGCGCCAACGAUGGUGACGACCUCGACGACGAUGGCCACCUCCACGGGUGACAUGAAGCACCUGACGCUCGAGCCGAACAUCCAGCCGCCGACGAUCGUCAUGUCCUCGGUGACGCCGCCCUCGGUAUCGCCCGUCGCCGUGAACAGUCUGCCUCUGCCGGGAACCUCACCCUCCGGAAGCUCCAGUCCCGUCGGUUCACCCAACAUCAGUGGGACACCCUCGCAUCCACUUCUCUCCACGCGCAGGGACUCCACCACUCAGUGUUACUAUAAGACGAAGGAGACAUCGCCGAAUAAAUUAAGAUUAACGAGGCAAGCUACAGCAAUAGACGAGUCGUUGCCACCACCCGGCCGACGAGGUAGCCAGCCUACCUUAUCGCCGGAUCCCGAUGACGGAGGUCGCAAAGCUCGGAGGGACUCGCUCAGUCCCGACUCGGCGUCUUAUCCACGGCGUCGCGAUUCUCGGAGUCAUCUGAGCCCCGACAGAAACGCCGUUGAUAAGAGAGACAUAAGCCCUAUAAGGUCGCGUAAGGGGAGGCUGAGGAGACAAUCGACAUCAAUAGCCGGACGACCGCCGAGAUCUCCUGACAGCUCGUCGUGCUCGUCGAGAGACCCUAGUCCAUGCGGUCGUCCGCCUGGUACGCAACACGCACCUGUGAUACGAAGACAAUCAACGACGGAAGAGAUUCUAAUCGCGCGCGGCUUCAGGCGGCAAAGCACCACCGAAGAGAUGAUACGUUGCCGGAACUUUCGAAGACAGAGUUCACAAAGCGACGACCAGGUACUUAGGGUACAGAGAUACAGAGGACGAAGGGACAGCUCGGCUCAGAUAACCGACGGGACGUUCGCCUCGAUGACGGUCGAGACGUCCAGCACCUUCUUCGACACGAGCACGCAGACGGAGCCAUCUCCGCUCUACGACAACAACCACUACCACGAGGAGUGCCUAAAAUGUAACAGCUGCGGCCUCAACCUCACGGGACCCAAUCAGAAGCGGGCGCGCAGGUUCAAAAAUCAAAUUCUUUGCGACCUGCAUUUUGCCGACGUGGCGCUGAUGGAGUGUUCGGACUUCAUGCAGCAGUUGCGCAGCUUCAAGCCACAAAGUUUAGGCUGCGCAGUUGCCAGAAGAAAGUCAUCCACGACGCUCAUAUUCCCGCUUCCACCGCAGGCUUGCUCAGACGAAUUCUGCCAUGAGUACCCGCACAACCUGCUGCCGACGCCGGGCUACUGGAUCGAGUGCUCGCGUCAGCAGAUCACCACCGACACGAUCUACGACGAGAGCGAGAGCGAUCGGGAUGGCACGGACAUCGACCAGCAGCCCGAGCAGGACAACGAGCAGCAGUCGUCGAUGGGAAAUCGGCUUAAUAAUCGAUCCGAGCAGUACUGCCUGUUCGAGGAGAACGAGGUCGACGGCGACGAGGUGCCCAGGAAGAAGACCGCCAUAGAGGAGCAGUGGGAGAAGAACCAGGGCUUCGAGCUGACGUCCGUCGAGCAGGAGACGUACGAGAAGUACUUUUACGGCACCGAGCACUGGAACUACUUCACCAACGACGAAGACCUCGGCCCGGUGAUACUUAGUCUGAAGCAGGUGAGGCUGAACGGCAGAGACCAAUUCCGCAUACUCGUUCGAGCCAUCAGCUAUACGGUCCACGGCCUCAUACCGACCAGCUGUGUUUUUGCCGACAGGUACGACCGGGAGGAGGUGGUGAAGAGUCUGGGCCAGGAGGUGAACAUCAAUCCGCCGCUGAUGCUGGGACAGUUGCCUGACACGCCGGAGGAGCUUUUAAAGCUCGACCAGGUGUUCAUCAAGUCGGAACUGAAGGUGGGGGUGAUCUACGUGCAGGAAGGCCAGUACACCGAGGAGGAGAUCCUGGACAACAACGACGAGUCGCCGAGCUUCGAGGAGUUCCUCCACAUACUCGGCGAGAAGGUCCGGCUCAAGGGCUUCGACAAGUACAAGGGCGGCCUCGACACCGUCCACGACCUCACCGGACUCUACUCCUUCUACACGAACUGGCGGGGGAUCGAAAUCAUGUUUCACGUCUCGACGUUACUGCCCUAUGAGAAACAUGAUCCUCAAAAGCUUCAGAGGAAGCGGCACAUCGGCAACGACAUCGUCUGCGUCGUAUUUCUCGAGGCGGACAACACGAGUUUCAGUCCAGCCUGCAUAAAGUCGCACUUUUUACACACCUUCAUCCUCGUACGAGUCAGUCCGCGCAUCAAGAGGAAAAUCACGAGAUACGAAGUUUCCGUGGUUACGAGGGACGAAGUUGGCGCCUACAAACCUUACCUCUGGGAACAAAGUGUCUUUGAAAAAGGACCAAUGUUUCGCGAGUGGAUCCUCACGAAGAUCGUGAACGGCGAGCGAGCGAGUUACUCCGCGCCAAAGUUCGCCAGGAUGCAGGAGAGGACGAGGAGUCAGAUGCUCGAGGACAUCGUUGCGAAUUUGGCCAACCACGCGGAGACCGGGCAGAUACCGAAACCCUACAGGCGUGGAUCUUGGAGACCCAUAGGGCACAUGAGACCAUCCUCGCCACUGCUGGACUCCGUGAGAGACCAGUUCGAAGACUACGAUCAGCUAGCCAAGGACUUUACUAGAGUAUUUUUAAACAAUGCCGAAAACUUAGCCCUUAACGCGAACCUAUUCGACGUAUCGUUCUUGGUGCCUGGUCAACAAAAACAAAAAGUUCGAUUUAUCGGCGUCAGAGCCAUUUUAGGUGUCAGAAGCCGAGUUUUCCAAGAAAUGCUUUACGGAAUCCAAGCCGGUUUUGGAAGUCCGCAGGUGCCAGUCGCCGAAUUGCUGGCCAGACCAGCGCCGACGCUGCUCAGUCCGCAGAAGCCCAAGAGCUCGAAUUUCCUGCAGGUGCCGGACGUCGAAAGUCCUAGGCCUAAAAGCGUGCCGUCGUCGCCGAUGGUAAAGCGGGCCUUCUCGAGGCUGGGGACGAUCACCGCGGGCUGGGGCAGGAGUAUCCGGAAGCACGGCAGCAACACGCUCUCCAGCGAGGACCGGAAGCGGUGGACCAGUUCCCAAGACUGCAGCAAAGCGAAAGACAAGGACAAGGCGGCGCAACUGGCCGUUCCCCGACUCAGCGUCUGCGCCGACGCUCAGAAGGUCGACCGAGCGAAGCUGGCUCAGACUGAGUUCGACAUCAUAGAGUUCGAUCCCGAGACGUUCCGCAUCCUGCUGGACUACCUUCACACGGGCAGCUGUCCCCUGACCUGCAGCAACAUUCCGGGGCUGAUCUGCGCGGCCGAGCACUACGACCUGCCGGAGUUGCUUCAGGCCUGCUUCCAUCACGCGAAGCAGUUCUUGCGCAUCGAGAUUGUCUGCGUGAUGCUCUGCGCCCUCGAGAACUACUACUGGCGCUACACCUCGGCCUCCGAGCUCGUCAACAUGAUCCUCGCGUUCGUCGAGACCCGGGCGUUCCAGCUGUUCCAGAACCCGGACUUCCUCACGCUCAGCGAGUCCAUGGUUCAGAUGAUCAUGAAUCGCGGCCUCGAGGUCGUCGAGAUCAAAAAGUUCGAGGCGAUGCUCAGCUGGGCCAAGCAUCGGAUCAAGACCAAGUCCGACGUCGACGCCAACGUCGAGUUCAAGUGCAUCAUGGAGAGACUCAGCAGGGACCUCAAGCUUUACAGGAUCACCCCCCAGGAGCUGAUCAAGAUUGUGUUACCCUCGAAGUCGAUAAGGCACGAGAGGAUUCUCGAGACGCUGAUGUUCCAGGCGAACUCGGGCAUCUACCGGAACGUCGACCACUACCUCGAGGCCUAUCAGAAUCGGGUUCAGAAUCAGGAGAGCUUCGACGGUGGCUUCUAAAUGCUGCACCGAAGGGAGAACAAGAGAGAGAUACCUGAUAAUUUUUAAGGAGGAAACGUAUAACUGACAAGUUUUCAAAGUGAUACAUACAGAACACGAGCGUUUCUCAAAGCGAUUUAACACGAAUAUAAUACACACACGUAUAUAGUGCUUUUUCGCUAGAGUUAAAUGUAGCGGAGCCGACUAAAAAUGUGGUGGAUAUAAGUUAACUUCGAAGACGUCGAGAAGUCUGAUAAAACAUACAUAUAAAUAUUAUACAUAUAUAUUGAAGAAGAAAAAAGAGGAAAAAAUAUAAUAUAUAUAUAAAGUAUCGAGCGAAUUUUCACUGGAGAUGUUUCGGUAUAUACAUAUAACUUUUUGAAAAAAUUAAAUAAGGAAAAAAUAUGGCAUUUGGACGCAGAGAGAUGCACAAUUCUAAUAGUCUUAGGGUUAAAGUACGUAAGAACAAGAUGAGCAAAAAAAUAAAUAAAAAGUCAUAAGCGAAGUAUUAAAAAUAAAGGGUGCAGACACACCACGCGCGCUACAGACUAGGACAAGCGCUUCCUCGAAACUAACUAGGCGCUUGGCUUAGCUCGCGGUAAGUUGUAAGAUUCUUAUAAGCGUAUAGCAAAAAAUAAAACAGAGAAAAAAAUAUAUAAGAAUAUAUAAAUAUACAUAUUUGAAAUUUGGUCUGCCAACGGAGUACUGGCGUCGAUAUCAUAUUUUUUAUACUCGUUUUCGGGUGGAACACAAUAAACACACACAUACGAUUUUUUAGUAUAAUACACACGAUGAGGACGAUUGAGUCUCGUUGCUUUUUAAAAAGGAAAAAUAAACAAAGUGUAUGAGUAAAAUACUUGAUUCGAUUUUUAAAAGUGAUUUUUCAUCGGUUCUUCGGGGGCUAUAAAGCCGGGAGCGCACACAAUAAAAAAUUGUCUUAUACAUAUAUAGUAUAUAUGGUACGCCAGUACUUGAUAAAUCGACCGAAUGUGACAAUCCGUACGAUAAUGAUGAGAGAAGCGCAUUUUGAAAAUAAUAAUGAAAAACAAAGUACACGAUACAUAUAGCGAUAAGAAUAUAACGAGCAUUAAUAUAUAUAUAUAUAUAUAUAUAUAUACACACACAAAGUUGAUUAUAAAUAUCGAAUACAAUACUAGUGUAAUAAUGAUAAUGUCGGUAACUAUAUAUAUUAUUACAAUAUGCAAAAAGAAACAAAUUAGUAUUGAAACGAGUUGAUGUUGAAUGUGAGGAACAAAAAUAUUUGAAGUCUGUUCUGUUUUUCUAUCGUAGAUUUUGUAUCUUCAAUACUCUAAGUCAGAGAUUCUAAAAAAAAAAAGUUUGAGUGCUGAAAAAACAAGUUUCUCGCGGGUAUAAUACACGCGGGAACAAAAUAAAUAUAUGAUGAAAAAAAAAAUUAAAACUACGUAUAAGCUAUAUCCCUGAAAGUUGCGAUUGAGAGUAUAAAUAUAUUAAGGAUCGACAUCACCAAAAAUUUUAGGCAAACAAAAAGAAGGGAGUUUGGGCGCUCUAUAUAAGUAGCCGCGUAUAUAAUUAUACAUUGUAACGAGGAACAACGUCCCUCGCCACGCCGGUAAUCGAGGCAGGAUAGAGAGUGACGAAAUAGGGCGGCGUUGGCUCAUGCUCUCGUUACAACAUAUACAUAUAUAUAUCGAACUAUAUCGACGUCGGUGAGUCGAGUGGUCGUUUUGCUCCACUCGCGCGUGAUGUAUUGUGACAAAUAAACAUAUCGAGAAACUCGGCGAAUGGAAUGUGCACAUCGCCGACUGCAUACCCCUUUGAAUAUUGAUGAAACGAAUCAUUGAUUCGGAAUCAAUGUUGCUAUUCUGUAUGCUCGAUCGUAAAUUCCAUAAAUAUACAUACACACGUGGAUUAUUGUCGCGUCAAUAAAAUACAAUGAAAAUAUGACAAGCUGGCGCGACUUCCAUACAUGUAUGGUUAUACACAAAACGUGUGCAGAUAUUCUAUUCGCAAAGUUGCUUAUACGAACACAAAGAAAUAACAAAAAAAAAAAAAAAAAAAAAAACA